AUGACAGCUCUGCUGACUGAGUUGGUCCUCACCCCCUUGACCACCUUCUUGGCCGUCUUUUCAUCCAAAUCGGCCUUCUGCGCUAGCUUCUUCGUGAAGUCGCUCUGGCUGAUGGUCGGCUCCUUGGUAGCUGCCAUAACAACGAGAGCCCGCUGCGGCGCUCGAGGCACUAGGGAGCUCCUCGCCGUCAGGUUGCCCAUCAUGGAUAGCCUGGCCUCCCUGGAGGAUGUUGACGUAGAGGAUGUGAAGGAGGGUGUGUCCCAGAGGAUCACCCCCGCAACAGAAGAGACGCUGCAGGAGAUUUUCCGGGACAUAGAUCGUGAUCACAACGGGAAGUUGGAGGUUGAGGAGCUGCAGGAGGCCCUCAGAAAGCUGGGUCUCCCAGGGGACUCCCGCGCCUACAUUUCAGACCUGCUCAAGCAGUAUGACAGGAACCAUGACGGCAGCAUCGACUGGGAGGAGUACAAGCGGUAUGUGAUUCGGAAGGAGCGCAUUGUGCAGCGCACCUUCCAGAAGCUGGACGAGGAUGGCAGCGGCUCCGUCUCAGCCGAGGAACUGACGAAGUCGCUGCGCAAGCUGUGGAUGUCGGUGAGCGGGGAGGACUCGGAGCGCAUGGUGAGCCUGCUGGACGCCGAUCACAACGGCCAGAUCAGCCUCGACGAGUUCCGCCGCUUCGUCUACCUCCUGCCUGAGUCCCUGGUGACGCCGACCAAUAUAGUGUAUGCGCUGGUGGACUCCAGCGACUGGAUUGAGGGCGUCGAGCUGCGCCUAUGCAUGACCCCGCCCAAGCAGCCCUUCCAACGGCUACUGGCGGGAGGGAUCGCGGGCAUGGCGUCCAGAGCGGCCGUGGCGCCAUUUGAGCGCAUGCGCACAAUGUACAUGGCCGACCGGACGCAGACUAGCAUGGCAGGUUGCGCGCACAACAUGUGGAAGGACGGCGGUGUAACAGGCUUGUUCAAGGGCAAUAUGGCGACCAUGAUGAAGGUCGCUCCACAGACAGCCAUCCAGUUCGCCGUGUAUGAUACAGUGACAGAUGCCAUGCUGAGGUCCAUGGCCAGCGUGGAGAGCGCCAGUGGCCUGCCCGCCUCAAAGCAGCUCAGCAAGUGGCAGCACCUGCUCGCAGGGUGCAUGGCGGGGGCGGCUGGGACAGUGGUGACGUAUCCGAUGGAGACGCUGCGGACGCACAUGGCGCUGGGCGGGCAGAGCUACCGCGAGUGCCUUGCCGAUGUCCUGCGCACCCACGGCCGCCGCGGCCUCUACAAGGGCUUCACCUCCGGCGUGAUGAGCAGCGCUGUGUCCAACGGCCUGGGCUUUGCUUCGUACGAAACGGGGCUGUCCUUCUACCGCCGCCUGAACGAGGGCGUGUCCCCCAGCCCAGCCGAGCGCGGUGUCAUUGCAGGAAUUGCCGCCACGCUGGUCAUGGCCGCCAUCCAGCCCCUCGAAGUCAUCAUGCGCCGCAUGCAGGUGCAGGGGCGUGAGGGAUUUCCGGUGAAGUACACGAGUGUGGCGCAGUGCGGCAUCCGCAUUGUCACUGAAGAGGGGAUGGGCUCCUUCUGGCGAGGCUCCAUGUGCUCAUUCAUGAAGGUUGCGCCCAGCAUUGCAGCGGUUCGGUUUGUGUACGAGGCUCUGAUACAGAGCUGGGGAGUGGGCGGCCUGCGCAAGUACCGAGUCAGGGAGAAGCCUUCGGACCUGCCCCCUUGGAUCUGA